AUGGCGCAUCCGACCAUCAAGAUCGACACCAGUGUCCAGAGCACCAAGCGCGGCCUGCCCGAUAACGAUGCGGGGGUUGACAUGCUGAGCGAGCAGGGGAAUCCCCGGCUGGAGACAGGAAAUACGGAUGACGUCCCACCGUUCCUGUGCCAAUCGGUGACAGAGAUUCACGAUAAAUUUGAAGAUCUCGAAUGGAUACAGAGGACCCGGAUGUCGGACGCCGCAACUUCAAAUGAACCUUCUCAUCCCUUUGCCAUCGAGACUGAUCCGAAAGUCAAGUUGAGGAAUCGGUACCUGAACGUGCAGGCGUAUGCGAAUUAUCGCAUUCAUAUGCAGGUUCCCGAGGGCGAAUGCGAUUUCAUCAACGCGUCUCCCAUCAUCCUGAGGGACUCUAUAACGAGAGAGGAGUUGAAAUACAUUGCGACACAGGGACCCAAGCUUGGCCAACUUUCACACUUUUGGCACAUGGCUUUCCAUGAGAGCAAGGAUGUCGGUGUCAUAAUUAUGCUCACUCAGACCUUUGAAGCAGGGCGCGAGAAAUGCGCCCAGUAUUUCCCAUUGGAUUCAAAUCAGCCCACAAUGGAUAUUCUGCUCGAAGACCCAUUCGACGCCUUUGUGCGCGAUGAGGCUCAACCGGACGACCAACCCCGUAUCAUGGGGAAAGUGACGCUUUUGGAUUCUUUCUUUGACGAAAACUCCUGCUCCGAAGUUCGCAAACUGGAAUUGACUCUGGGAUCCGAGUCAAAGAUUAUUUGGCAUUUCUUGUUUGCCGGCUGGGCAGAUCACUGCAAGCCCGAGGGGCAGGACCGACAGGGAUUGUUAGAACUCAUUAAGCUAUCUGCCUCUAAAUGCGACUCGGACAACCCACGGAUUGUGCACUGCAGCGCCGGCGUUGGCCGGACUGGAACCUUCAUCGCCCUUGAUCAUCUCAUGCGCGAACUCGAAUCGGGCCAGUUGCUGCAGGUAACCGACACCGAGACCGAUCCGGUUUAUGAAUGCGUCAACCAGAUGCGCGAGCAGCGCAUGAUGAUGGUCUACAAUGAACUCCAGAUGCAAUUCAUUUACGAAGUGCUCCGCGAACAAACCGAUCUCAAGCUGGGCAAGUACCCGCCCGAGUCACCAGGAAGCCAACAUGAGCCACGAUCUGCCAAGGUACGCAAGUUGAGUGACUUGUCGGCUUAUAUACCCGCAUCGAAGCCCGAACUAGAACCCGCCCCGGACCGGAUUCAGACUCCGCCGCGAAGCUGGUCUGGAACUCCCGAGGUCUCCGAUGACGAGGAGUCGUGA